AUGCUCGGGAACCAUUGGGAUCGCGAUCGGAGGCACCGCUGGCGACGGUACCGCACGCGCUGGCGUCUAUGGCUACUCUCUCAUCGCCGCCUUCUCCUAGUAGUCGCCUCGUGUCUACUUCUAUUUGUUGUCUUAAAGCUAUGGCAAUCCUUCCUGUCUUACCGUCGCCGCCAAGCUUGGAACGCUCCCGAACUUCCACCACACCAGAUCCAAGCCUUCACCUCGAGUUUGUGGCUCGAGACGCAGCAAUUCAAGCCCAAUACUCGUGGGAUUGUGCUACCAUUAUUUGAUGACAUCGCUCUACUGGGCUUCUCUUUAAUCCUGGAGCUUCGACGUCUCCAAGUUCGCCUCCCCGUGGAAAUUCCUCACUGCGGAGAUUUGAGUCAAAACCUGCAGAAAAAGAUGCAAAAUCAGGACUCAUCCGUGACAUUCUACGACGUCUGUGAACGCGCUACUAAUGCAGCAAUCGAGCAGCGUCAACUCUUCUGUGUAGAUCUAGAUCACUGCCACCACAAGUUCCGCAGCUUCGACAUCAAAGUACUGGCGGUAGUAUACUCGCAAUUCCAGGAAAUCAUGCUACUAGACGCAGACACGCUCUUCUUCCAGAAUCCCAUGACACUAUGGGACACAGUCAAGUACAAGAGCACAGGAACACUUUUCUUUAACGACCGUAUCAGCUACGAGUUGUCGUAUCUGGCCAAGCGAACGUCCUCUGAUAAUAUUGGUGCAUUGCAUCAAUUUCUCGCGGACUUUGACGUCUCUCUGUAUAGGAAUUUCGGUACUUUAGACACAAAACCGAGACCUCAGAUACCAAGGCACUACAUGGAUCUAGAUUUUAGUUUCCAACCGAGCGAAUUUCUCGUAAACUCGCACGUUUGGGCACUUCGUAGUGGCCACCAAAUGGACUCGUCGCUGAUGUUGUGGAACAAGGCACGACAGCCACGAGCGACGGUCAUUCUGGCGUCUUUUGUGUCGCUAAACGGACUACGAAUGGCCCCGUCCUAUGGCGAUAAAGAGCUCUAUUGGCUGGCGUGUGAGUUGGCGGAGACUACGUACGAAUUCUCAGACUAUGCUGUGGGCUCUGUCGGCUGGGGGCUACUAGCUGAAGGGCGACACAACGAUGGAGUUUUGUGUGGAGACGCACUGCAGCAUUACCCGGUGCGGAAGAAUUCUGCUGUGGGACUGGAAGCAGAUGCUGAGCCGCUGUAUAUGAACAGUGAUAAUAUCUUGGAGUGGGGUCGAGACUCUCGACGACUGUACCGCACGGCUGCUCGACCUGCAGCGUUCUAUCCAGGGUCGUUUACGGAACGGAAGCUGCUUCAGACCUGUCCAUUCGACGUGACGAUCUUGGAACUCGCGCCGUUGGAAGCGGUGUUACUAGCGCAGAGACAGCAACUUUACGAUGAGGUGGCGGGAUGGAUUGAUGAGUCUGGAAGAAAGUGA